GCAGUCCCCACCUCCCUGCUUGCAGUGAAGCAACAAGUGAACUCAAAGGAGGGGUGAAGACCCUCACAUUUGAAGGGAGGGGGGCAAAGGCUUCUUGUUAGGACAUUCCUGGGCGGAUUGUUGCAGCUUUAAAGCAACUUAAAAUCUCAUUGUGCUGAGUUUUUUCUUUCUUUCGCCAUGUGACCGGAGUGUAACACAAAGCUUCACUUUGUAGGAGGACAAACAUUGCAGCAGCAGCAGAGUACUUCGCUUGGAAGUUAGCAAAAGUGUGUCAACAUGGCAGCGUACACCUUACCUGAGGGCUUCACGGACUUUGACAUGUUCUUGUUCGGUUCGGCGCUCUUCGUUGGCGGGGUGCUCGGGUUUCUUCUCAACGCGGUCACCGUCGCCUCUUUUCUGGGUGUCCGGGAGCUGAGGACCCCCAGCAACUUCCUGGUCUUCAACCUAGCCUUGGCCGACAUUAGCCUCAACGUGAACGGACUCACGGCCGCCUACGCCAGCUACCUCAAAUAUUGGCCUUUUGGUCAACAAGGCUGCGCCUAUCAUGGCUUUCAAGGCAUGAUAGCUGUCCUGGCAUCCAUCAGCUUCAUGGCGACCAUCGCUUGGGACCGAUAUCACCAGUACUGCACCAGGCAAAAGCUCUUCUGGAGCACCGCCAUGGUGAUGAGUGCCAUCAUCUGGAUCCUGUCCGUCUUCUGGGCCGCUGUGCCCCUUAUGGGCUGGGGGGUGUAUGACUUUGAGCCCAUGAGGACCUGCUGCACCCUGGACUACACCAAAGGAGACAGGAAUUACAUCACCUUCAUGCUCACCCUGGUGUUGCUCUACCUGACCUUCCCCGCCUUCACCAUGCUGUCGUGCUACAAUGCCAUCCAUAAACACUUCAAGAAGGUCCAUCAGCACAGAUUCAACACCAGUCUACCCCUGAGGGUGAUGCUGAUGUGCUGGGGUCCGUACGUCCUCAUGUGCAUCUACGCCUGUUUCCAAAACGUCAAGGUCAUAUCUCCAAAGCUGAGGAUGGUUCUUCCCGUGGUGGCCAAGACCAACCCCAUCUUCAACGCGCUGCUGUACUCAUUUGGAAACGAGUUCUACCGAGGCGGCGUGUGGCACUUCCUCACCGGACAGAAGUUAGCUGAUCCGGUUCUGAAGAAGUCCAAAUAGUCCAAAAAAGUCAUCUUGUUUGGAGCUGCUCAUAUGUCUGCACGGUCGACAUACACAAUACUCUCAGUACCGCUGAGUCAUGAUAAAACUGCCAGUAAAGACUCGCUUUUAUUUAGGCAGGACGUUUCUGAUGGACAAAUAUCAUUUAAUUAGUGGGUGGAGUCAGUUUACAAAAAUAUGGAAUUAAUAAGCGCACCUGUAGUUGAAUAAUCACAAUUAAUUGCAUUAAUUGAACAACACUACUGGAUAUAACGGAUCAUUGAAUUUAACAUACUUGAUGUGCAGCAGUCGGGACGAGACUAUUACAGGCUUGACUAUGUCAAUAAUUGAUAAAAAACAUUGCUUGUAUUGCACUUUUUUUUGUUGGAGCACAUUUUUUUUUCAAUUACACUUUUUACCUCUAGGCCCCUCACAUACAAGUCUAAUAAAAAUGUGAACAAAUA